CAACUACUCACUUUCACAAUUUUCAAUCAGUCUUACUAUAAACUACAGCAUAGCGCUUUCAAUAAACGUCACUGGUAACAGCCAUGACCACAGCCACCAUUAUCGACGAGUUGCCGAACCUGACGCGCCAGGAUCUGCAGAAGCUGUGCAAGAAGGCCGGGAUCGAGGCCAACGGCACUGAUGAGGAGCUUGUCAAUGAGUUGAAGGAAGCUGUUCAGAGCGGGAAGGUCGGCGCUGAAAGUUUGGCUAUCAGCGAUGGUGAAGAGGCAGGCGACAAGGAGACAGAAGCGGCCGAGGAUGACACGCAAGUAAAUACUGUCGCUGCUACACCCAAGGACGUUGCGACACCCAGGGACACUGCUACGCCGGACAACGAGCCUGCCACUGACCCUGCGCCUACGCCAAAAGACCCCGAACCCCAAACGCCCGAGGUGUCUAAGAAAAUUGCAGCUGAGCUAGAGGUGCGUGCAACGGCUCUGGCUAGCGACGAACGCAAGGUGGCAGUGCAGACAUUCGACAGCCAGCAUAAGACUGACGACGACAAUGGGCCUGAGCCCGCGGAGACACCGUCGAAAAACGUGUUUGAUGAGGCACACGAAAAGCUAUUUGAGCGCGACGACUCGAUUGCCGCGCAUUGGUCGACGAAGCGUACGCCUCACAACAAGCGCGUCGGUGAGCCGAUCGAGCAGGGGUCGAGCAAGCGGUCCAAGGUUGAGCCAUUAUUCAUGACACCUGUAAGAGCUACGCCGAAAAUGCGCACGGUCACAGGGACAAUGUCUGAUAGGGCAACGCGCGUUAAGCCUGCUGUAUCUGCUGCUGCUGCCGGGUCAAAGACCGUCGCAGUAGGUCGAACUACAAGGGCUAGUAAGAGUCAGCUAUCGUCGACUACUCUGUUUGCGGACGCUGAGAAGCCAGUGGAGACCGUGCCCAAGCGGGUGACAAGGAAGGCACCGUUGCCCAAGUUUAAAGCUACCAAGCCAGCGGCAACACCGGCAAAGAAUGGUGACAAGCUGACGGUUGAGAAGGUUGUGGAGAAGGCCCUGGAGAGGAAGCCAGUGGAAGCUCCAGCAACACCCAAGAGGAAGAAGGUCUCUGAGCGACUCAAGACCCCGCGGAAGCUUGUGGUGGUGGGCGAGAGACCGGUGACGCGGAGCAUGUCGCCACGGAAGCCAGAUGCCAAACCAGCAGAGUCUACUGCUGCCCCGAAGACCCCUGCACGGAAGCCCCCUGUUCCGCGCAGAAUCGCUACGCCCAAGUCAAAGCUGCCUGCUGCUCGAAAGGCGCCUGCAAAACCCACGACCCAUGCACUGCCUGAUCUGACACAUGUCCAGUCCAAGGUCAAGGCGUUCAUCAACAAGCCAGCAGAAAAUAAGCAAAAGACAGAGAACAAGCCAAAGGAGAGCAAGCGGGCUCCCAAGCUUACCGAAAAGACCGGCAAGGACAAUGUGCCCCACUAUAUGAAGUCCACUCGAGCAGCCGAGAACCGCUCAAGGGGCACGCACGCCAAGCCGCAGCCGCCGGUUAAAGGCCAAGCAGCUGCUAAAGAGCGGGGAACAAAGGCGCGGGCGACACCGUACACGCGGCCCACUAGGACACGCACUGCGGCAGCGGCAGCAAAGACCGCUGAAAAGAAGGCGUGAGAGCUGCUCUGAAAUUGCACAAUUGUUCAUGAAUACUUCAG